UGUUUCAAUGCGUCUAACCACUAAUCAGAACCCUGCUUCGAUUAUCUCUAUAGUGAUAAACAUACAAUAUGUACUCACCAUAACUUAAAUAUUCAAGUUAUCACCUCAUAGCUUCACACCAUUACAACCAGAGAAUGAGAGAGAGAGCGAGAGAUACAAUGGAAGACAUCAUGAAUGGGAAAUGGAAAGAUGCUCUCACGGAUUGGAAAUCUAUGGCUUCUAUGUAUGCAUCACUUACAUUACUAAGAGGUGCUGUUAGAGAUUUAGUACCUCCUGAAGUAUAUCAACUUGCAAAAUCUUCAUACUCUUACUUCUUCUCUAAAGUUCAACCCAAGUUAUUUACAAUACAUAUUCAACAAUAUGAAAAGGAUUGUCAUAACACCAUUUUCGAAGCAGUUGAAUGUUAUCUUAGUACCAAGUGUUAUGCAUCUUCUUCUGAUUUGCUGAGACUAUCAAAAAUCAAGAAUGCAAAGAACCACAGUUACACCAUGGUUCCAAAGCAAGUAAUCCAAGAUAACUUCAAUGGAAUCCAGUUCACUUGGGUUUUGUUAGAGAAUGAGGAUACCAAACAGUACAAAAAUGCUAGAGGAUAUUAUUUGGAGGUUUCUUUCGAAAUCAAAUAUAAGGAGGUUGUGAAUUCAGCUUAUCUUCCUCAUAUAAUCAAAGAAGCUGAACUUUUCAAAUUCCACAACAGAGGGAAGAAACUAUACACCAAUCGGUACGGAGGUUGGUCACAGGUCUGUCUUUUCAGCCAUCCUUCUACUUUUGAUACACUUGCGCUUGACCCUUGUCUUAAAAAAGAGAUUCAAGAUGAUUUAAAGAGAUUUGUUAGCAGAAGUGAGUUUUAUGCUAGAGUUGGAAAAGCAUGGAAAAGAGGUUACCUUCUCUAUGGUCCUCCUGGAACAGGAAAAACAAGUUUGAUUGCUGCCAUUGCUAAUUACUUGGAAUUUGAUGUAUAUGACAUGGAAUUAACUUCUGUUAGUAGUAAUGAGGUUUUAAGGGAGCUGUUAAUAAACACUUCAAGCAAAUCAAUCAUUGUGGUCGAAGAUAUUGAUUGUUCGAUACACAUUGAGAAUCGAGAAAAGAAAAACAAGCCCAGAAGGAACAGAGGUAACUCUGUGAGCUUGUCUGGUCUUUUGAACUUUGUUGAUGGACUUUGGUCACCUUGUGCCGGAGAAAGGUUGAUUAUAUUUACUACAAAUCAUAAGGAGAAACUCGAUCCGGCUUUGCUGAGGUCAGGUCGAAUGGACAAACAUAUUUUGCUUUCUUAUUGUAACAUGGAAUCGUUUAAGGUUUUGGCCAAGAACUAUCUCAAAGUUGAAGAACAUGAGUUGAUGAAAGAAGUUGAAGAACUGUUGGGCUUACUUGAGAUUACACCAGCUGAUGUUGCCGAGUGUUUCAUGAGUUAUGAUGAAGAUCCAGACAUGGGUAUGAGAAAUGUGGUUGAACAGCUGAAGAAGAGAUUGGAUUCCAAGAACAAAAACAAGGAAAAGAAGACAUCAGCAUCUGAUAAUAUCAAAGAAAAAGAAAAGGCCAAGAAGAAAAAAGAAAAUAUGAAGAAAGAAGAAGAGCAUGAAUCGGAUUAUUCUGAUGAGUCUGAUCAAUCGAAUAGCUCAGAUGACUCGGAUAGCUCUGACGAGUCAACUGGCUCAGAUGAUUCAGAUGGUUAUAAGACAGCUGAAUCGGCUGAACCAGAUGAUAAAUCAGAUGGACUGCAUUUUACCGAUGAAACGAUGAUGGCGAUAAAUAUGAUGAUGAUAUGAAAUUGAAGCUGAACUAUCAGGAAACUAAGUAGAGUAUAUAGUCCGAGUCUUGAAAAUUCUAGUAGUUUUAAGUUUUUCUUAUUCCAAGAUCGUUUAGUUCCCGGUCCUUUUUAUCAACAAAUUAGCAAAAACUACGUAGGCAGCCAUUGGAUUUAGUGAGCCAAUGCCUCCUAAGAAGAUAACAAUCUUGACUUGAGAGAAUCUUGCAUACGAGCCGAGAGGAAAAAUUAGAGAAGAAAAGCUUGAGGGAAAAUUUUCAAAUUUUUUUUUGAGAUAUCGGUGAUUGCUUUGAGUUGUCUUUGGGUACCAGCUCGCGGAAGGUGCUUCCUCGUUAAUUUAUCUUGGUCUAAGUAACACUGCGUCUAUCUUUUGCGAAAACAGGUGAGGAGCACUGAAACCUUUGUAAAAAUGCUUGUAUGAUGGAUAAUGGGUAUGCCCUAAUUAUGAUGAAUGGUUUUGGUGUAUCAAUUUAUUAAAGACUUCUUUUCUAUUUCUUUCUUUUU